AUGCCACCUCCUCUCCUCCUCUUCUUUCUCCUCUUCCUUACCCCCAUGGGCGUCAGGCCCCAGGAACCGUGGCUGGUGAAGGUGGAAGAGGGAGGUGAUGCUGUGCUGCAGUGCCUCAAGAAUCCUACAGAUGGCCCCCCUGAGCAGCUGGCCUGGCAGCGGGGGUCCCAGCCAGAACCCUUCUUAGAGCUGAACCUGGGGUUACCAGGCCUGGGCCUCCACGUGGGGCACCUCGGCGUCCUGAUGUUCAUCUUCAAUGUCUCUGAGCAGAUGGGGGGCUUCUACCUGUGCCAGGCGUGGCCCCCCUCUGAGAAGGCUGAGCAGCCUGGCUGGACAGUCAGCGUGGAGGACAGCGGGGAGCUGUUCCGCUGGAAUGCUUCAGACCUACAGGACCUGGGCUGUAGCCUGGGGAACAGGUCCUCAGAGGACCCCAGGCCCUCUUCUGGUCACCCCAACAGCUCCCAGCUGUACGUGUGGGCCAAUGACGGCCCUGAGAUCUGGAAGGGAGAGCCUAUGUGUGCCCCACCUAGGGACAGUCUGAACAAGAGCCUCAGCCAAGACCUCACCAUGGCCCCUGGCUCUAUACUCUGGCUGUCCUGUGGGGUGCCCCGUGAUGCUGUGGCCAGAAGCCGCAUCUCCUGGACCCAUGUGCACCCCAAGAAGCAUAACUUCUCAUUGCUGAGCCUAGACCUCAGGGAGGGUCACCAAGCCAGAGAUAUGUGGGUCCUGGGGACUGGUCUGUUGUUGCCCCAGGCCACAGCUCAAGAUGCUGGCAUCUAUUAUUGUCACCGUGGUAACCUGACCAUCUCGAUGCACCUGGAGGUCAUUGCCCGGCCAGCACUACGGCGCUGGCUGCUGGGGACUGGUGGCUGGAAGGUCCCAAUUGUGACUUUGAUUUAUCUGAUCUUCUGCCUGGGUUUCCUGCUAGGCUUUCUUCAUGUUCAAAGAGCCCUGAUCCUGAGGAGGAAAAGAAAGCGAAUGACUGACCCCACCAGGAGGUUCUUCAAAGUGACGCCUCCCCCAGGAAGCGGGCCCCAGAACCAGUAUGGGAACGUGCUAUUCCUUCCCACGCCCACCUCCGGCAUGGGACGCGCCCAGCGUUGGGCGGCAGGCCUGGGGGGCGCAACACGGUCCCACGCAAACCUGCACAGUGAUGUCCAGGAGGCUGGAGCCGCGGGGUCCCGGAGCCCUCCAGGAGCGGGCCCAGAACAGGAGCAAGGGGAGGGCUUUCAGGAGCCAGACAGCAAGGAAGACUCUGAGUGCUACGAGAACGACUCCAACCUUGGGCAGGACCAGCUCUCCCAAGAUGGCAGCGGCUAUGAGAACCCUGAGGACGAGCCCUUGGGUCCUGAGGAUGAAGACUCCUUCUCCGACGCUGAGUCUUACGAGAACGAGGAUGAAGAGCUGGCCCAGCCAGUUGCCAGGACAAUGGACUUCCUGAGCCCCCAUGGGUCUGCCUGGGACCCCAGCCGGGAAGCAGCCUCCCUUGGGUCCCAGUCCUAUGAGGAUAUGAGAGGGAUCCUGUAUGCAGCCCCGCAGCUCCGCUCCCUCCGGGGCCAGCCUGGUCCUGAUCAUGAGGAAGAUGCAGACUCUUAUGAGAACAUGGACAAUCCCGAUGGGCCGGAGCCAGCAUGGGGUGGUGGUGGCCACAUGGGGACCUGGAGUACCAGGUGACCCCCAGCUGACCAGGCCUCUUCGGGCCCCUGACAACAUCCACACCUGACUCUGAAAUCUGAGGAC